AUGGCGGACCAGGACUCUGAAAAGACAGAACAGGCCGUCGCAGGACGCAGCCCCGCCAUCAACGAGAAGAAUAUGGCCGACUCCAAUCCGGCCCCGCGAUCCUCGACCUCGACCGCCGCUGAUUCUGAGCAGCAAAGAGAGGAAGCUCGCCGCACCAACCCUGAUGGCUUCACCGCGAUCCACGCCGGUAUCUCGGUUCACCAGGCCGAGGCCGAGUUUGCAGAGCUCCAGCGCGAACUGUCUGGUCAUUCUCGCGCCAGCAGAGUGAACAGUCGCAACAGCCACAGGAAGUCUGAAGAUGUCGAAAAGGCCAUUGCCAAUGUUAACUCAGCCACCCCUUCGUCUGAGACAGACGGUGAGCAAUUUGACCUGGAAGCUGUCCUGCGCGGCGGCGUGGAGGCCGAGCGCGAAGCCGGCAUUAGACCCAAGCACAUCGGCGCAUAUUGGGACGGACUCACGGUCAAGGGCAUGGGCGGCACCACCAACUACGUUCAGACAUUCCCCGAUGCUUUCGUCAACUUCGUCGACUAUGUCACCCCCGUCAUGAACUUGUUGGGCUUGAACAAGAAGGGUGUGGAGGCUACUCUGCUGGACAACUUCAAGGGUGUCUGCAAGCCAGGUGAGAUGGUCUUGGUCUUGGGCAAGCCUGGCUCUGGCUGCACCACAUUCCUCAAAACCAUUGCCAACUGGCGCGCUGGCUACACCAGUGUCACUGGCGAUGUGCUGUAUGGACGAUUCACCGCCGAUGAGUUCAAGCAGUACCGAGGUGAAGCCGUCUACAACCAGGAGGACGACAUCCACCACUCGACUCUCACCGUCGAGCAGACGCUGGGUUUUGCUCUCGACACCAAGGUCCCCGCCAAGCGUCCCGCCGGCAUGUCCAAGAACCACUUCAAGGAGCAGGUCAUCUCCACUCUUCUCAAGAUGUUCAACAUUGAGCACACCCGCCACACUGUCGUCGGCGACGCCUUUGUGCGCGGUGUCUCUGGUGGUGAGAGAAAGCGUGUGUCGAUUGCAGAAAUGAUGAUUACCAACGCAUGUGUUCUCUCUUGGGACAACAGUACCCGUGGUCUGGAUGCCAGUACCGCGCUUGACUUUGUCAAGUCUCUUCGUGUGCAGACGAACUUGUACCAGACCACCACUUUUGUGUCUUUGUACCAAGCCUCCGAGAACAUCUACAACCUCUUCGACAAGGUCUUGGUCAUCGACGCCGGAAAGCAAGUCUAUCUCGGCCCCGCCAAGGAGGCUCGCGCCUACUUCGAGGGUCUCGGUUUUGCGCCCCGACCCAGACAGACCACGCCCGACUACGUGACUGGAUGCACCGACGACUUUGAGCGCGAGUACGCCCCAGGCCGCUCACCCGAGAACGCGCCUCACAGCCCCGAGUCCCUCGCGGAGGCCUUCAAGACCUCCAAGUUCCAGAAGCAGAUCGACAGCGAGAUGGAGGAGUACAAGGCCAGGCUUGCACAGGAGACUGAGAAGCACGACGAUUUCCAGGUCGCCGUCAAGGAGGCCAAGCGUGGCUCUUCGAAGCGCUCAGUCUACGCCGUCGGUUUCCACCUGCAGGUCCACGCGCUUAUGAAGCGCCAAUUCGUCCUGAAGCUUCAGGACCGCCUCUCUCUAUUCCUCUCCUGGUUCCGCUCCAUCGUUAUUGCUGUCGUCCUCGGUACCCUCUUCUUCCGCCUCGGUUCGACUUCCGCCAGCGCCUUCAGCAAGGGUGGUCUCAUGUUCAUCUCGCUCCUGUUCAAUGCCUUUGAAGCCUUCUCCGAGCUAGCAGGUACCAUGACAGGGCGUGCGAUUGUCAACAAGCACAAGGCGUAUGCAUUUCAUCGUCCGUCAGCUUUGUGGAUCGCCCAAAUCAUCGUCGACCAGGCCUUCGCAGCAAGUCGAAUCAUGGUCUUCUCGAUCAUUGUCUACUUUAUGUCUGGACUUGUCCGCGAUGCCGGGGCUUUCUUCACCUUUUACCUCAUGAUUCUCUCUGGAAACAUCGCCAUGACGCUCUUCUUCCGUAUCAUUGGUUGCAUCAGCCCCGACUUUGAUUAUGCCAUCAAGUUUGCCGUCAUCAUCAUCACCUUCUUCGUCACGACCUCUGGAUAUCUCAUCCAGUACCAGUCUGAGAAGGUCUGGAUCCGCUGGAUCUACUGGAUCAAUGCGUUGGGUCUUGCUUUCAGUGCCAUGAUGGAGAACGAGUUCAGCCGUUUGAAACUCACCUGUUCCAGCGAGUCGCUUAUCCCGUCUGGGCCUGGUUACGGCGACAUCAACCACCAAGUUUGUACGCUGGCUGGCUCCACUGCGGGCACUACCCUCGUCGAUGGCUCAGCGUACAUCGCGGCUGGAUACAACUACAUUAAGGGCGAUUUGUGGCGCAACUGGGGUAUCAUCCUGGCUCUCAUCGUCUUCUUUCUCAUCAUGAACGUCACCCUCGGUGAACUCGUCAACUUUGGAAAUGAUGGUAGUUCGGCCAAGGUCUACCAGAAGCCCAACGAGGAGCGCAAGAAGCUCAACGAGGCGUUAUUGGAGAAGAAAGCUGCGAAGCGCCGCGGCGACAAUCAAGAAGGCUCUGACUUGACCAUCAACUCGGAAAGCGUCUUGACUUGGGAGGACCUCAACUACGAUGUUCCCGUCGCCGGCGGAACUCGUCGCCUGCUUAACAACGUUUACGGAUAUGUCAAGCCCGGCCAACUCACAGCUUUGAUGGGAGCGUCCGGUGCCGGCAAGACCACCCUCCUCGACGUGCUCGCGUCUCGCAAGAAUAUUGGUGUCAUCCACGGUGACGUCCUUGUCGACGGCUCCAAGCCCGGAAAGCAGUUCCAGCGCAGUACCUCUUACGCCGAGCAGCUCGAUCUCCACGACCCGACCCAGACCGUUCGCGAGGCCCUCCGCUUCUCCGCCCUUCUUCGCCAGCCCUACGAGACUCCUAUCGCCGAGCGCUACUCAUACGUUGAGGAGAUUAUUGCCCUCUUGGAGAUGGAGCACAUCGCCGACUGCAUCAUUGGUUCCCCCGAGUUCGGUCUGACUGUCGAGCAGCGCAAGCGUGUCACCAUCGGUGUCGAGUUAGCCGCCAAGCCUGAGCUCCUUCUCUUCCUAGACGAGCCCACUUCCGGUCUCGACAGCCAGAGCGCCUUCAACAUUGUUCGUUUCCUCAAGAAGCUGGCCGCUGCUGGACAGGCCAUUCUCUGCACCAUCCAUCAACCCAACGCUGCCCUGUUUGAGAACUUUGACCGUCUUUUGCUCCUCCAGAGAGGUGGCCGCACCGUAUACUUUGGAGACAUUGGCCAGGAUGCAGUCGUUCUGCGAGACUACCUCAAGCGCCACGGCGCCAUCGCCAAGCCCACCGACAACGUCGCCGAGUACAUGCUCGAGGCUAUCGGAGCCGGAUCCGCGCCCCGCGUCGGAAACAAGGACUGGGCCGACAUCUGGGACGACAGCGCCGAGCUCGCCAAUGUCAAGGACACCAUCGGCCAGCUCAAAGAGCAGCGCACGGCCGCCGGCCGGACCGUCAACCACGACUUGGAGAAGGAGUAUGCCAGCCCGCAGCUGCACCAGCUCAAGGUCGUCGUGAAGCGCAUGAAUCUCAGCUUCUGGCGCAGCCCCAACUACCUCUUCACCCGCCUCUUUAACCACGUCGUCGUCGCCCUCAUCACCGGUCUCACCUACUUGAACCUCGACUCGAGCCGCAGCUCGCUCCAGUACAAGGUCUUCGUCAUGUUCCAAGUCACGGUCCUGCCCGCUUUGAUCAUCAGCCAGGUCGAGGUCAUGUUCCACAUCAAGCGCGCCCUCUUCUUCCGCGAGAGCUCCUCCAAGAUGUACAACCCGUUGACCUUCGCCGCUGCCAUCACCAUCGCCGAGCUGCCCUACUCCAUCAUGUGCUCCGUCGCCUUCUUCCUGCCAUUGUACUACAUGCCUGGCUUCCAGUCCGACUCCUCCCGCUCGGGCUACCAGUUCUUCAUGAUCCUCAUCACCGAGCUCUUCUCUGUCUCCCUCGGCCAGGCCCUCGCCUCCCUGACACCCAGCCCCUUCAUCUCCUCGCAGUUCGACCCCUUCAUCAUGAUCACCUUUGCGCUCUUCUGCGGCGUUACCAUCCCCGCCCCGCAGAUGCCCGGCUUCUGGCGCGCUUGGCUCUACCAGCUCGACCCCUUUACGCGCCUCAUUGGCGGCAUGGUGGUCACCGCUCUGCACGACCUCAAGGUCGCCUGCUCUUCUGUCGAGUUCAACCCCUUCACCGCACCCCAAGGUCAGACGUGUGGCCAGUACAUGCAGCCGUUCUUCGACAACGGUGGCCCGGGCUACCUGGCCAACAACGACACAUCGAGCUGCGAGUACUGCGCGUACAAGGUUGGAGACGAGUUUUACAAGCCUCUGGGGCUGAACUUUGACAACCGCUGGAGGGACCUCGGUGUCUUUUUGGCUUUUGUCGGCAGCAACUUGAUCGUCCUUUUCAUGGCGAGCAAGUUCUUGAACUUCAACCGCAGAUAA